GAGAAUCUGAAAGUCCACAAAGGGAUGGAAGACCUUACCGCAGACGACACAUACCAACUGGACCCAAGCACAGCAGACUCAGUGCUGGAUGAGUCAAAGGAGUCCGACCUGAUGAAGCCUCCAUCAAUCUUCACACCUGAGCUGCUGACUGAAUGUACCAAAGUCACUUACAGGUUCAGGUGUCCUGGUCCAGGUGUGUUCCAGUGCACACUGACUGGACUGGUGUUUGUUGUGGAUCAGGAGGCGGGGCUGCUCUACAGGACCGUCCAAUGGGACGAGCGCAUACUCCAAUUAUCUGCUGGCAAGAUGGUUGCAGGGCUGCUGUUCGAUAUCCAGUGUCCUGAGGGUGGCCUCAGUGAGCUCCACCUGCCUCACUCUGUGAGCAAGGAAGCGCUACGACCCGACCUGCUGUCUGUCAGCUCUGACGGAAUUCACCCGAUGGAGCCACUGAAGGUCACCAACACUCACAUGAUCGUGAAGCUCCAUCAUCAGUCUACCUUGGGCGUGAUCUACAACUUCUUCAUUCCCUCCUUGACCAUAAACGGCCAAGUUCUGCUUUUCCUCCAACCGCCGAACACUCAGUGGCGAAUUCUCAACGUUGUUCUGCUGCAGGAUAGCAUCCCGUUACAAGAGGUAAAAUCUCAACAAUGUGGCGCAGAAUUUAUCAACAUCUCAGGUGAGUGUCCGCUGAUCCAUGGUCAGAGUUACAGUGUUCACAGUGACUGCGAGGAGGCCUUCAUUCAGCCUUCAGUGAGUCCACACGCACAGACACUUCAGCCACCUCUACACAGACACACACUUCAACCCCCUCUACACACAUGUGGUUUUCAGGAAUACAGCUUCCGCUUGAAGUACGGACCAAAUUUCCCCCCAAGCUUUGAGGUUUUUCUGCCUCGAGAAUGCAACGAAGUAACUUUGAUGCUCCAGAAAGAUGAUGAAAUGAGGGAAGUCAUCUGGGAACGUAAAGUUUCUCUGCCAGGUCUACUGCAAGCUGCAGCAAGGAACCUCGAACAGGACAACGUCUCAGAGGAGAAGCUCCGCAGUUGUCGGCUCAAGUUUAUCGAAUGCAUGUCUUCACCCAAUCUUGACAAAGUUCUGGACGAACUCCACGAUCGUGGUGUCAUAAGUGAUUCCGAGAGGGAGAAGGUCGCAGGCGAGAGAGGACGUGACAAAGCACGAAUGGUGGUGGACAUGGUGCUGAAGAAGGGAGAUGAAGCCUGCUCAGAUCUGAUCGAUCUUGUCCGUAAAGGGGACCCGUAUCUCUCCAGAAAACUCAAUAUAUGAGGACCAUUCGCUGUUUGACGUGCUCUCAUUUCUCCUGGCCCAAAGUGUGAGGAGCAUAUUGUUCUUCUUCAGAUUAUUGUGAACAUGCAGAAAGAAACUCUUGAAAGUUGGGAAGGAGGUCAGGUGUUUAAAAAAUGCCAAAGUGGCAUCGGUGGCUCGGACCCACAAUGAAGGGAAACGUGUCCUUAGAUUGGGCCGAAACUCAGUGCCGUUAAUGUUCUGUGAUGUUUUCUAAAUCCCAGUAACACCACUAACCUUAAAAUAAAAAUCCACAAAAACGGGCAAAAAAACCCCAAAACCACAAAAGUUAAAAAUUCAGCAGUGUCUGCAUGGUUUUUCUGUGGGUUGAACACUAGGAGGUGGAGUCUACAAAUCACAGACAAGCCUUUUUUUUUUGUUUUAGGCCAAAUGAAAUAAUUUAUUCUGUGUUAAAAUAUUUUAAUACAUUUGUUUCCAACUUUUUGCGUUUGACGUCUCGUCUGUAACAAAUCACACCGAUAAAAAUGUGUGACUCUCGUUAUGACUCUGAUUUAUUUUUUUUAAUGAACAGAAAAAAAAACAAUCACAUCCAAAGUGCUUUUGUCAGGAUUUGAAUCUGUGUUUGUUAUUAAUAACAACUCAGACUAAUAAAGAUGAGAGCAGCUCAUA